AAUAGAAAUGUAUUUAUACGUUUUAGCCCAGAUUCUAAUCGAUAGUCUAUUUAUUCGACUGGUUGCAUGAAAAUAUUCCACCUUACAUUUUUGUGCCGCAUACGUGAUUUUUGAAAUGCAGUUCUGUUAUUUUUUUGCGUUUUUCUUCAUUUCUAAUAUAAGUGGAAGACAACUGCCUGACCCUUUGCACGGAUUGGAAAAUCUGGCUGACAAAGUUCUGCUAGGUGCAGAUAACGUAGGUCAGGGUGUCCUAGAAACCCUGAAUCCAGUGGUCAAAGUCGUCGACAAUGUUGACAAGGCCGUACUAGGCGGUAUAGAUGGUACCCUCAACAAGGGAAUCUUCAAAGUGGAGAAUGGCGUAGUUCAGGGGCUUUCCGAAGUCAUAGGGGUGCCUGUGACACUCCAAGACGUAAACUUCUUCCUGGCAACCUCGAGGAACGUCCGUAAUCCAACUAAGGUCGAUUACGCUUAUCCUGCAGAUGUAGCGGCUACGAAAGCACAAAUUUUCUUCAUCACUCAUGGUUGGUCGGCUAGUAGAAAGGAUUCGUGGGUCGGUAAUUUGACGGAAGUUCUUCUGAUGAGAUACCCUCAAGCUCACGUGGUGCAGGUAGAUUGGUCCAAGCCAGCUGGUGAUGAAUAUCCCUUUGCGGCCUUCCACACAGAAAGCGUAGGGGAAAUCGUUGCCAACUUGACAAAAACACUCGUCCACGACCACAACGUACCACCGGAAAACAUAGUUCUGAUGGGCCAUUCCCUUGGCGGCCAAAUAUCUGGCUGGGCAGGCAAAAAAUUCAAGAAAUCUACGGGCAAAACGCUUCCCCUGAUUGUCGCCUUAGACCCCGCCGGACCCCUAUUCUGCCUUAGGCCUGAACAGAGGCGCCUUAACAGAUACGACGCUGAGAGGGUGAUGGUGAUCCACACGGACGGUGGCGUCCUGGGAUUUAUAGAACCUUGCGGUACCAUCGAUUUCUUCCCCAAUGGUGGAACCGAGCAACCAGGAUGCGCCAAAAUAAACGUCAUAGAUCUGGCCAGUUACUUGAACCCCUUGUCAUGUGAUCACGGCCGAUCCCACGAAUACUUGAUCGAAGCCAUCAACUCCACCAAAGCCUUCCCUGCCAAAAAAUGCAAAUCGUAUACCGAUUUCGUCUUGAACCUAAGUUGCGAAGAUGUCGUAGCUCAUAUGGGACAUUUAGAUGAAACAAAUGAGGGUACUUUCUUCCUGAAGACCGCAUCAGCUAAGCUCUUCUCGCUGCCGUUGAAAAAGCCUGAACCUGAAAACAAAGAUAAGUCCUCCACAACUGUGAGGAAUACGGUGAUAAAUUUGCAGGAGAAUGAUCGCGUUUAUCAAGUCGGCAAUGAUAUUGUCAUCGACGUCAAGGAUAGGAAAGAUACAAGACCUAGGGUGCAAGGAGCUCCGGGAGAUACUAUCAUUUACGUAGAUCGGGGAACUACUGAAAAAACUGUAGUUCAAGGAAAGUGAUAAAAAUCAUUGUAGAACGAAUUAAUUUUGUGAGAGAUUUAGGGGUGGUGGAAAAAAUAAGUUCCAAUAAAGUUUUAUUCAUAAAUUUA